UUGUUUAACCGCGGUUACCGUAGUUGUAGUACAAACAUGGCGUCCGACAGUGACAGCGAAGAGGAUUUUGUGACUUACGGGAUCCCCCUGGAGCCUCUGGAGGAAGAUGAGCCGUUGAAGAAACCCAUCCCACUCCACGAGCAGACAGUCAAAGAUGAGAAAGGACGAUACAAAAGGUUCCACGGAGCGUUCACUGGAGGAUUUUCAGCCGGUUACUUCAACACUGUCGGCUCUAAAGAAGGCUGGGCCCCGUCAACCUUUGUGUCGUCACGGCAACAGAAAGCUGAUCAACAUCAUGCCAGGCCAGAGGACUUCAUGGAUGAGGAGGACUUCAGCGAGCAUGGCAUCGCUCCCAGAGAGAUCACCACCAGUCAGGAGUUCUCGUCCAGCCGUAGAGACGCGGCCAGAGAGAAGGCGAGAGCCAUCAACGCUCAGACUGCACUGAUCCCCGGAGACACUCUGCUGGAGGAUCUGAUUGCACCUGCCAGGUCGUCCAUCGGGGUGGAGCUGCUGAGGAGGAUGGGAUGGAAGGAAGGUCAGGGUGUCGGGCCUCGUGUGAAGAGGAAAGCGCGUCGACAGCAGACUGAUGAGGUCAGAUUGUACGGUUGUGCGCUGCCUCCUGCUGGUUCAGAGGACUCAGAGGACGACGAUGACGACUUUGCUCCAGAGAAUGUGACCUUUGCCCCGAAGGACGUGACUCCAGUGGACUUCAGCCCCAGGCUGGGAGUUCAGGGUCUGGGGUACCGUGGUCUGGAUCCAGGCCUGGCUCUGCUGGGCCAAGGAGCACCUGAGCACAUCGACUUGUUUAAACCUCAGUCUGAGACGAGGAGUCGUCUGUUUGGAGACACUCAGAGGAGCUCACGGAGAGGAGGCGUGGCCGGACAGGCGUUCGGGGUUGGGGCCCUGGAGGAUGACGAUGAUGACGAUGUGUACCACAGAGACUCCAUGUCCAGGUACGACUCAGUGCUGGGAGGAGAGGAGCCUGGAGACGGACUGUACGGCUGGACGGCACCGCAGCAGUACACCAAGAAAAGAGACAAAAACAAAGAUGCAUCAUACCUUGGUAAAAUCCUGGAGGGAUUCACUCUGGCUCAAAAACCAGCCGAGGAAAAGACUAUCUUCCCUCCCCCCGUGCUGCCCCGUGACUACAGACCGGUCCAUCGUUUCAAUCCUGCAGUCAGUGUUUCACAUCUCUCUGGGGUCAGUCCGGCUCUGGCUGAAGCUCUGAGGACCUCCAGGGGCCACAUGGUCAAAGAGGAGCCCCAACAAGGAGGACGCCACCAGCUGGACUCUGGCCAGAGGAGGGCGCUGCUGGGAGAGGACGCCCUGCAAGGUCCCAGUUCAGUCAUGGAGCUGCUGAGGCCUGAAGAUAGGGAGCGACUCCUCAACCUCCGCAACUCCUCCAACCCUCCCUCCACCAAAACCCCCACCAUAGAAUCCUGCAAUGCCCCGCGGUUGGCUGGGUCGUCAGCUGGGUCGUCAGCUGGGUCGUCGGCGGGGUCGUCGGCGGGGUCAUUGGCUCUGAGUGCCGCAGCGUCCUCCGGACUCCAGCAGCAGCAGCACGAGGCUCUGGUGUCGUGGAGAGGCGUCCAGACCUCCUCACAGACCUUCAGACCGUUUGAGAAUAACCCGAGCAAACAGGCGCGCUACGAGUUCUACCUGAGCCGCCUCAAACAGGGAGACAAAGACGCCCUGGACCAAAGUCUGGACCAGGGGAUGACGGAGUGGGAGCGCAGCAGGGAGAGGGAGGAGUUCGUCCGAGCCUCCAUCCUGUACAGACCCACCUCCUCCUCGCUCUCCUCCCGCUUCACCAGAGCCAAACACCAGGAGGACGACGACAAUGUAGCGGUCAACAGGGACCAGGAGGGUGACGUGGACGACAAACAGGCCGCUGUCAAGAUGAAGAUGUUUGGAAAACUGACCAGAGAAACAUUUGAGUGGCAUCCUGACAAACUGCUCUGCAAGAGGUUCAACGUCCCUGACCCGUACCCUGGGUCAGGUAUGAUUGGUCUGCCAAAGGUGAAGAGAGACAAAUUUUCCGUCUUCAACUUCCUGACUGUGACAGAGAGCAGAGAGACGACAGCUCCUCCAAAGCCUCCAGAGACGGGGAAGAAGUCGAGGUGGGACGUUUCAGACCAGAAGGAAGAGAAGAAGAAGAACAAGCCGCUGAGUGAACAAACUGAGGCCAAACUGGAGCAAACCUCUGUACCUGCUUUACCUGCUCCCACCAACCAUCAGGCUCCAGGCGACAGAACAGAGACAAAGUCAGCAGAAGAGCAAAGCUCAGACAAGAAGAAAGAAGGUGAUGAUGAGGAGGAGGAGGAAGAGGAAGAGAGCAGGCCUCCUAUGGAUCUGUUUAAGGCCAUCUUCGCCAACUCUUCUGAUGAGAAGUCCUCUUCAUCAGAGGGAGAGAGUGAGGAUGAGGAGGAGGAAAAGGACACAAAGGAGGAUGAGGGGAAAAUGGACCCACAGGUGCCGAACCUCUUCAACAUCUCCUCCAACAUCACCUCCACCUCCUCCGUCACCUCCUCUUCUGGCACCUCCUCCUCCACCACCACUAAAUCCAACCAGCAGACAGAAGCGGUGGUUUUGUCUCAGACCUCAACGCAGGAGGAGUUUGGUCCAAAGCUGCCGCCUCCUUCAGGUGCUCUCAUCAGAGGAGGUGCCACCUCCCUCUGCUCCCCCAGUGAAGAGGAGAAACCCAGUAAGAAGAGCAAAGAGAAGAAACACAAAAACAAGAAGCAGCACAAACACAAGAAGGACAAGAAGAAGAAGAAACAUAAGAAGCACAAACACAAAGCGAAGCAGCAGAAGAAGAAUAAGAAGGAGGCAUCAGACAGCAGCUCAGAGGACAGUGAUGAGGACAGUGACGGUGAAGACACAGAGGUGUCGACAGAGGAGCUGCUGAAAAGACUGAAGAGUAUCCGGUCUCAUCAGACCUGGUGAACCAGCAGGGUGUUUGUCCUCUGUGAGGACGACCAACAAUCUGUCUGCUCUGCACUCACUUCAUUUUACACAAUAGAUCACCUGUUAUUCCUGUUUUGAAUAAUAAAAUGUUUAACAUAUA